AUGAAGUCGCUUGCUUGCUUCCUGCUAGGCGCCCUGUCCCUGACGGGGGCAGCCCUCUCCGCGCCGCUCCAGGCCGCCGCGGCCGCCGACCCCAGCAGCUUCCCCUCGGUCGACGGCCUCCGGUUCAAGAUCGACGGGCAGACCAAGUAUGCCGCCGGCACCAACUCGUACUGGAUCAGCUUCCUGACCAACAACGCCGACGUCGACCUCGUCAUGGACCACCUGGCCCAGUCCGGGCUCAAGAUCCUGCGCGUCUGGGGCUUCAACGACGUCACCCAGCGGCCCGCCGGCAGCACGGUGUGGUACCAGUACCUCUCGGCCUCGGGCUCGCAGAUCAACACGGGCGCCAACGGCCUGCAGCGGCUCGACUACGUCGUCGCGGCGGCCGAGAGGCGCGGCGUCAAGCUCAUCGUCAACUUUGUCAACAACUGGGGCGACUACGGCGGCAUGCCGGCCUACGUGGCGGCCUUUGGCGGCUCCAAGGAAGGCUGGUACACCAACGCCCGGGCCCAGGACCAGUACCGCAAGUACGUCGCCGCCGUGGUCGGCCGGUACCGCAACUCGUCCGCCGUGUUCGCGUGGGAGCUGGCCAACGAGCCGCGGUGCAAGGGGUGCAGCAGCGACGUCAUCUACAAGUGGGCGUCGGACGUCUCCAAGCACAUCAAGUCGCUCGACCCGAACCACAUGGUGACGCUCGGAGACGAAGGGUUCGGCCUCCCCGGCGGAGACGGCUCGACGAGCUACCCGUACGGGACGUCUGAGGGUGUCGACUUUGUCAAGAAUCUCGGUAUUAAGACUCUUGACUUUGGUGUUUUCCACAUGUAUCCCAAGAGCUGGGGUGUCUCUAACAGCUUCGGUCCCGGGUGGGUCAGGGACCACGGCGCUGCCUGCAAGAAGGCAGGGAAGCCGUGCCUGUUUGAAGAAUAUGGCACCGAAAGCGAUCACUGCAACGUAGAGAAGCCCUGGCAGCAGGCAUCCCUAACCACCGAGGGCGUCGCCGGAGAUCUGUUCUGGCAAUGGGGUGACAUCUUGAGCACGGGACAAACCCACAACGACGGCAACACCAUCUACUACGGCUCCGCAGACGCGAAGUGCCUCGUCACGGACCAUGUGAAGGCUAUCAACUCUUGA